AAAGAAACUCGAAGCAACCAAGCUCGAUUGCCUCUUACCUUGAUGCAUUACACCACGUCUCCUGGCUACUUCCCUCCCACCAAUAAGCCGUUGUGAGUCAUUGCUUCAUUGCCGAGUGACUGACGUCUACCGGUAUUCAAGAUCAUUCUAUCAAUUCUCCAUGUCCUCGGUAGCACUGUCCUGUUCCACUGCAUCAUCCUUAUCAAGUAUACCUCCACGAGAAUCCGUGGCAGUUUUAGUGAAAGGACCCGAGUGUGGGAGCGAAGAGCAAGGUGUCAUUUCUGUCGUACCCGCCCGUUGUUUGAGCGUGGAUUUCUCGGACUCUCCGUUGCCCCAAAAUAAGCACACUACCAUGCUGCAAUCUCUGUUUCGUGGCACUGGCGAAGAAAUACUAAAAGCACCAGAAGACCACGAACUCCAUCCAGUGAGAUUUCUGCAGCAGCCAAGCCAAAGUAAUAGUCAAGAUGUGACACGGGAUUAUGGCUACAAGUACGAAUUCUGCGAUGAUCCACGCAAUAAUCAAGAGGAAGUGGAUGGGAACUGCUGUCGUGUACCUGGAGAAGGAGACGAUGUGGAUAAUGAAAGUGAUGAGGAUGAUAGAAGUGACAGUGAAUCCUUAUUGGACCAAGCAGCCUAUUCGCCAUUGCCCUCCUCCUCCAAUACUAGUAAUGGGACAGACGGCUUGCAUCAUACCACAACCCGCACUAUCACAAUUCAUGAUCCUACUGACGACCCCCGCAUUUAUCUACUGGGAAAGUGGUAUGAUCUAGAACGAGAAUACGAGCCAAAACGAGACGAUGAAUUGUCCCUGUUUUGGUUGACCUACCGCAGUGGCUUUCCAGAAAUUUCUCCUUACGACAUUUUCUCUGAUGCCGGGUGGGGUUGCAUGCUACGAUCGGCGCAAAUGAUGCUCGCACAAGCCUUACGGGUGCAUUUCAAGUCGAGAGACUGGAGAUCCCAUCGAUUGUCCAUUUCCCAACGACGCCGAGAACCAUUCUUGCGCAGUCUCUUGACGUGGAUGGCUGACUUUCCAUCGGCAUCCGAUAAUGUCUACUCCUUGCACAAUAUGGUGGCGACGGGACACGCCAAGUACGAAAUUUUGCCAGGAGAAUGGUACGGACCUGGCACGGCUUGUCAUGUGUUGCGGGAUUUGGUACAUGCACAUGAAAUACGACAAGUUGCACUCUGGAAGAAAAAGAAACAGCAACAAGUACAACAAUUGCGACAAUUAGAACAACAACAACAAAAUGACACAGAUGACAAGAAUGCAACAAUAAACAAUAUUACCCUCAUUAAGGUACCAGACAAACCAAUCCGGCUAUUUCGGGUUCAUGUGGCGGCACAGGGAUCUGUCUAUCAUGAUGCCGUGCACGAACUCAUGACCAAGGAGAGUCGCGCGGUAUAUGAAGCUGCCAAACAGAAACAAAGCAAUGCCUCCAAAACGGUGGUACCAGACCACCCACUAGCCAGUGCCGAACAAGAAUUGAAAGAAGCACAGGAGGAACAAGCCGCAUUGCAACAACUGGAAUGGGAUACGGGACUGCUGCUGCUGAUUCCGCUCCGGUUGGGCCUGAAUGGGAUCAAUGAGGAGUAUGCCAAGUCCAUCUCCUUUACCUUUUCCAUACCGUAUUCUGUUGGUGUGCUGGGAGGAAGACCCCGAGGAGCUAGAUGGUUCUAUGGUGCUUGGUCCGAUGGCAGCAGGAUUCUCGGCUUGGAUCCCCAUACUGUACAACAGGCACCACGCCGUAGAACGGCUCGAAUCAAUGGAAAGUCCAUUUCCGUAGUUGACAUUUCGGAGGCAUAUCUGCGAUCAGUGCACACCACCAGCCAGGAAACAGUGCCAUUGGUACGAAUGGAUCCGAGCAUUGCGCUGGGAUUUUACUGUCGGUCGCCCAAAGAGUUGCAACACUUGCAGGAUCUCAUGAAUGCAUGGAAAAAGGCCAACCCAGGGCUGCCUGAAAUCUUCUCCUUUGCCGACAAGAGCCCUGAUUAUGAAAAUGGUAACAUGAUAUCAUCCUCCAUGAUGGAUGAUUGACUGGUGAUAUGGCAGGUGGAUCCUUAUUGGACGAUGAAGAAGAAGAAGGCGAUGCAGAGAGUGACGAAGAUGAGUACGUGAUGCUGUAGCUGAUCACAGUUGCACUUAUGUUUUUGUGCAGCCACAACCCGACAAGUUAUCAUUUGCUCAACGGGUACUAGCUAGCUCAUAUUUCACCUCUAUAGCUUUAGAACUUUGUUACUAGCUGGCUUGUGGAGCA